CGUUAACAUUGAAAACAUCCGAAUACCCUACGUUAAAUAGUUAAAUAAGGUGUUCGAAAUAUCGAUCAGCCAGUUAAUAUCGACGCAGCAAGCUUUUAUUGCGUUCGCAAUUUUAUGCAAGGAAUAAAAUAUCGCAUUGCUUAAUAUGAGGUAUUAGUUAUAAAAGAUCUUUUAUGUAAACUGUUCUACUCUAAGCCAACCGCUGUUUAUCUAGUGGAAUAUUGCAGAAAUUGUCUAAUGACCAUGAACAAGGAUAUGGACUUAUAAUUUCUAUUAGCUCACUGAUUCUGUUCAAAUCUCCAUACAAUUAGCACAGGGAAUCGGCAGUUUAAUGGAAGAACGACUGCGGUAAAGACUGAUUUAAGUGACAAACUGACAAAUUAUUAUUUAAUCCUAUCAUUAAAAUCAAGAUAUCGCUACGAUUUAUGAGGUAAAUGGUGCUUCAAGCGCGGCAAACUUUCAAUUGGUUCGAUGCAGACUAAAUUGUUUGCAAGGCAGAGUGAUAAUCGCGCCAAGAAAUAUUCCGUCAACUUUUCAACAUUAACUCAACAGACGAGAAACAAUCUGGGGACAACUAAAGGGACAUAAAAGAGACGCUUGUAGGUCAAUAAAAGAUACCGUUGAAGACAUAAAGUUUAUCUGCAGAGAACGACUAUCAAUGCGAAGAAGACGUUCAGCAGUUCGAUUAUUUUAAUACAUAUGCUUAUUUCGUGGGACUAGAUCAUUUGGAAAUAAGCAGUCAUAAGAGAAGAAUCGAAAUUGAUAUUCAAGUGUAUAUUUGAGCGACCACGUAUGCAGAUAUAGACGAAAAGAUUGAGUGUCCGGACAAGGUACUUUCUUCUCUCUGAUUUGAACUUUCUGAGUUUUGAAACAACCUAAAUUGACGAAAAUGUGGCACGACGAGCAGACGAUAAACGGUCACGUGACCGACGACCCUGAGUACGAGGAGAAGGACGACUCGAGACCCUUCUUCCAGCGUAAGCCAUGUGAGGUUGGCAUCUACCUCAGCGUGUACCAGGCCAAACCUCACGAAGACAGCCAUGGCCUUGAACACUACCUGCGUAUGCACACAACGGAGUUGCUGUUUGACGAGUUUUGCAAGAUUGGCACCGUGGACAUAAGGGGCAAGUUUGAGGCCAGAAAAGUUCUUAACGAGAUGUACAUCGAGCGCUUUGAACCAGGAAUCGUGCUGGCGGUGGGGUUCGAGACACUGGAGGCGUUGGACGAUCUGUGGACGUACCACAGAGAUGGCAAUCUGAACGCGCUCAUGCACGAGUUCCUGAUCACCCCGCGUGUGUUGGAGGCGGCGGAGGUGGACAAGGUGAUCAUGGUAACCAAACUCUGGGACGACGAGUAUGAGGCUUGUAAAGAGGAAAUUGAGAACAAGACCAGAAUGCGUGUGAACAUUAUCAACCGACCUGUCGAUGUUAAGUUGGUGAAGAGACUUAAGAAUUACCAGAGCGUUCUUGCAACUGAACUCUCUGCCAUGAGAGAUUUGGACAACGAGAUGGAAAUCAACCGAGACGAGUUCAUGAACUGCGUCCGUAACGUAUUACCAGUGGACAUAGAGGUGAUAAGAACGCUUGCGGAAUUCGAAGCGAUGGCAACUUCGACAAAAGCCAAGAAGAUGUACAACAGAAACGUCCUAGAUAUGUAUCUGAACAUAAUAAACAAGUUAAGGGACUAUUAUGAUACCUUUGAAGCAGAGAUCGUGACACCUUUCCUGCAGAUCCACCGUGAAUGCGAGAACGAUAAGCAGCGAGACAUCAAAGGGAAGAUCAUUGGUAUGGUCCGAGGCAUGCAGAAAAUGCUGGAUCCGGCAGGAGAUCUGCGAAGCGUGAUGCACGCCGAGACGGAGAGGAUACUGAUCCGGCGAGAGAUUCCCAUCUUUCUUGGGUUGCUGAGUCUGGUGCCGAUUGGGGUGGAGCGCGUGGCGGACAUAGACAUAAUGAUUGACGAAUAUGCGCGGGAGUUUCAGAUAGAGUUCAAAAAAGAGGACAAGUGAUUGCAUUUUCGUUGUUUUUGUUUUUUGUUGUUGUUUGUUUUGAUAUAAUAAUUGAUGCAGAUGUUCAUUAGUGUAGACAUUAUAGUUAAUUGGAGAAAUCUUUUCAGGAAUACUUCAAAAUCAUCACAUAAACAUAUUAAUAUACAUAUAGAUCAAGUAUCUUAAGAUAGGCGUAUAAUCUGCUAUUGAUCUUAUAUGUCAUAGUUAGCUUUUUAGAUGUUUAAAUGUGUGAUAAAUAAUAAAUGCUACAGAUAAAAUCAGUAGAAUAAUAUAAUAGACAUGUAUUAUACAAUCUUAAUUGGAAAUUGUAUACAAUUUGUGAUAUUUAAUAUAUAUUUGAAAUAGUUUACUAAAUUCUGUUUUAAACGCUAAAUAUCGUGUCUUUUAAUUAGGUUUCAAUCGUUCGUUCUAGUGGGAUUUACAUCAUCGACUUGGUAGUUUUUUUAUCGAUAUGUACUGUUAAUUGGUUUAAACAAAUGUUGUCAUGACAUAACUUGAAAUACAUAUGUACACUGAAACAAAUGGAUAUUCUUGUAAAAUAGGGCUUAUUGUAUUAUAUAAAUAUAUAUACCCUU